AUGUCUUCACAAGCUAUGUUCAAAAAAUGGUGUGAAGUAGACUUUGAAUUCCUGGGCAACGUCUCCGGACAACCCUAUGUACUGCAAACCAAUGUAUAUAUUCAAGGAGUCGGCGCACGAGAACAACAGAUCUACCUUUGGUUUGAUCCUACGGCCGACUUUCAUGAAUACGGGCUGCGCUGGAAUCAGGAUUUGAUUUUAUUUUGGGUGGACAACCGUGUCAUCCGAGUGUUCCAUAACGCAACAGACCUGGGGCUUCUAUACCUUGAUUAUCAGCCCAUGUACGCCAUCGCCAGCAUCUGGAAUGGAGAAGCUUGGGCAACUGAAGGGGGGCGAAUCAAGGUGGACUGGACUCAGGCACCGUUCAUCCCAUCCUACACCGGAUGGAAUGUUUCCAACGCAUGCAAAGUACACAACACCACCGGCACCGAUGACCUUCACGCAUGCUACAGAAAGGUGUACCAAAGCUCAUACGGUCGAGCUCCUAACCUUGCACUCUCGCAGACACAAAUUGCCGAUCUCAGGUGGGUCAAACAGAACUACGUGAUCUACGACUACUGCACGAAAAACGCCACCGCGACCCCAGAGUGUGCAAGGAACUGGCCUUGA